AUGGCUGAGGCUCGCGAUGGCCAAGGAGCACACGGACGUGUGUUCCUGAAGGUGGACGUGGAGGAGUGGACGACCUGGCUGCCGACUACGAGAUCAAGCAUGCCCACCUUCAUCUUCAUCAAGCAGGGCGAGGAAGCCGACGGGCGACGCGUGCAGGUUCGGCGGAUAGUGACCGUGACCGGGGCGGAGGUGACCAUGACCGAGGUGAAGGUGACCAUGACCGUAGUGGAGGUGACCAUGACCGGAGCGGAGGUGACCGUGACCGGAGUGGAGGUGACCGUGACCGGAGUGGGGGUGACCGUGACCAGGGUGGAGGUGACCGUGACCAGGGUGGAGGCGAUGGCCAAGGAGCACACGGACGUGGUGUUCCUGAAGGUGGACGUGGAGGAGCUGGACGACCUGGCUGCCGACUACGAGAUCAACUGCAUGCCCACCUUCAUCUUCAUCAAGCAGGGCGAGAAGGUGACCAGCUUCUCGGGCGCCAACGCCGACAGGCUGCUGGAGCUGGUGACACAGCAUAAGUAG